GUCAGUGUCACUUAAAUAUCAUGUCAGAUUGUCAAAAACCUAUGAUGGUGGUGUGAUAAGUACAGUGUUAUUAUAAUGAUUAUUCUUAAUUAGUGUUAAACAACAGUUAAAUAAAAUAAUUUACAUUAAAAGUAAUCCCUGAAAGUUUUAAGAUUAUGGAAGUAGCAGUUAACAAGCGAACACAGAGUCGAUGCCGGGAAUGGGAACGUGCUAGACGUAACAAAUUUAACGACGCAAUAAACAAACUUGGGGAAAUUGUCAAAACCAUACAGAAAAGUAAUAAUCCCGAAGAAGAUUGUGAAGAUGUACAGUAUCCGAAAAUUGAAAUAAUUCAGAAGGCUAUAAUAUAUUUAAACAAUUUCGUACAGGAAAAAACACAAUGGAAAGCAGAAAUAUUAGCUCUACAAGUGGAGCUAGACUCUGAAAAGCUUAAGAAGCCACAAAGAAAAGAUGCAACAACUCAAGUUUGCAGUAAUUUGACCAAGAAGCGUAAAGAUGGCAAAUUGGUAAAGCUCCUAAGGUUAAAGAAAGUUAAAAACAAACAAGAAAAGCCACAAAUUAAGCAAUCACCAGUAGAAACUCCAAAAAAUUUACCAAUCCUUCUUCCAAGAUGUAAUAAAAAGGGUCCAGAAAACACGAUAGUGGUAUUGCCAGCUGCACCAUACAUAUUCCCUCAGAGACCACUGUUGUUCCCAUCUGUACCGCCCGCCAUAGUUUUAAUAGACCAAAAUUUACAAACACUAAAUAAAGCAACAGUUCCUAUAGUUAAUAGAAAUAAUGGCGAUAUCACAAAGACUACAAUGGUUAAUAUUCUUCCAAUAUCAGCGUAUUCCCGUCCACUUUCAGCCACCAAAAAUAAAAAGAAUAAUGUAAAAUUAAAAAAUGAUAUUAAUAAAAAAGUAACAAAAAAGAUUAAACCGGUUGGUGCUGUUAAAGAUGCGAAAACUGCGGAAAUGAAAGACAAUACGGCGGUUUCUAAAGAAAGUAAAACCACUGAAAGUCCUAAUCAAAGUAAAAAUAUUGAUAAAUUAGUAUUAAGUAAAGAUAAAAACAUCGAAAACAGUAAAAUGACAGACCAACCAGCUAAAGAAAGCGAUAUACAGAAAGAAGUAAAUAUAAAUAUCGAUAAACCAGAUAGUAAGACGAAUGCUCCUGAUAAAAUAAAUAGUAAAACUGGGGACCAUGGCAUGCCUAACGAUGUUGAAAAACCUAAGUCUACAGAAACAGUCGCUAAAGAAAUGCCAGCGCCUAUAGUGGCAUCAACAUCGACCACAACAAUAACAAAUACUAAUAAUGUACCUAAUACAAAUGAAACUGAUAAACCUAAUAAAAUACUAGAUGAAAAAGAAAUCGUAACAGAAAGUAAAGAAAGCUCAAAAUUGCCAAACAUCUUACCUUUGGAUACAACAUUAUGUGAUAAUGUCGUUGAUGGAGGUAAUGCUCGCCUUGAAUUGGCAGAAGAGUUCCUUGCUACUUCGCCUACAGCCGCAUUUCUUAUGUCUUUCCCACUAGUCAGUGGAAAUAGGGCAGACAGUCCUGCCGAAGAACAUGGCCACAAUACAGCCCAAGCUAUAACUAAAGAUAACAACCAUAAAAGAACUGAUAUAGUGCCUCCACCUAUACCAUACUUUGAGAAGCCAAGCAAUAGCGAUAUUAAAGUAAAACCAGUAGCGAACAAAAAUCCCGAAACGUGCAAUACUGCUAACAAACAAAAUGAACAACAAAAAUGUGUUAGCGUAGUGACAAAAGAGUCCAGUAAUAUGACUUCUGUUACUAAAAGCUUUAACGCAGUAUCAAUGCCAAGUGUUACUAAUGAGAACCCGUUUUUAAAUCUGUCCGCACCUUCUAUAAUUACUACCAGUUGUACAUUAGGAGAUACUUCUUUUGGUUUAGAUUUUGAUUGCAAUAUUAGCAAGUCGAUGCCGAGUCAAUCGACCGGCUAUGUCAGCAGUAACAACUUCUUUUACAAGGGCGAUCCAUUUGGCAAAAGUGCUAUUUACAGUACCAGCAGUAUUACCUCAACUCAUGAAUUUAAUGGACUCGGUCUAUAUCCUUGUGCGAUGGAAAAAUAUACUUCGAAAAAUAAACCAGAAUUUUCUGGUGUAGACGACAACCUUAUGAAGAUUGGAUCGUCAAGGUUGACUUACGAUAUUGACUUGGGUUGGUCACACAAGGGCUUAGAUUUUGUCAACUGUCCUACAACUACGAAUACGUUUAAUAAGGACACAAUUUUAACAACAACUGCUACGCCGUAUACGUCAUCGUAUAAUCCGUUCAACCCAGAUUUCCAUGUCCCGUUAGUGCCAAAUUCUAACAAAAAAGAUAACUCGAAUAAACCUACCUCAUCUUUUGCUGAUACAAUCACUAGUUUUUACUCUCAACCUGCUAACUUAUGGACUGACGACCCACCCUUCUAUACAAACAGUAAUAUGUCCAAAUAUUUAACCUCUAAAAACCAAAAUUAUACGUUUGACCCAGUACAUACUAAUGCAAAUGUAAAAAUAAAUACAAACAAACAUUACGAACCGAAAGUGGCUGAAGUUAGUGUGGAAAGUGGCAUAAAAACCGGCAAUAACGUUGUGACUCAACAUAUUUCCGAGAAAUACACUAAAAAGUCUCCAAGUAAAAUGCAUAUAAACUGGAUGACAUCUGAAACAAGAUCCGUACAAAAUAAUUGCAAUCCUAUACAUUCGCAGACUAAAGAACCUCAUAAAGCAACUUACAAUCAAAUUGAUCAUCCCGUUAAUAAAAAACAGGACCAUAACGAAGGCAAUUAUUUUCCUAUAUCGAUGCAUAACUUUCCAUCACAGACCCCUCAAGACGAGUUUCAAGUGUGGCCUUCUACAAGACCUUUGGGAACCACAGAGAUAAGCAUAGAUCCACCGCCAAUAAACUUACCCACCUUAGUCGGUGAUCUAGCCCUAGGUCCACAUGACAAGAAUAGAAAAGUGGAUGCAGCUAAUCGUGUGACACACAGUGACAUUCAGAACUGUGGUAAUUUCCUAUCCGUCACACAACUAAUGAAUCGUUCAACUGAUAAUAUGCAUUCCCGAUAUCAAAUUCCAAAUAUUGAUACCUCGAAAACUGGCAGUGGGAAACAAAAUGCUAACCACUUUACAAAUGAAAACAAUCGCAAAACUAUGCCACAUUUAGAAAAUCACAUGUCACAGCCGUGUUAUGUAUUUAACGAUCCCAAAUUAAUGAAUACCUAUGAAAGUAUGACCCACAGUCAAUUUGCGCCUACUAAAACAAAGUCCAACAGUAAAACAGAAAAGUCUUCGAAGACUCAAAAAAAUAACAACUAUUCAACAGAAGCACUAUUAAGAGGAGCGAAUGCUACGCAAAAAAUUCAAGAUAAUACCGCAAAAUUUAUGAUGACACCUCAGAAAUACACUGACUUCACUACCCCACAAGAAAGUGCUGUAGCUCAAGUGUCGCAUUUCCCACCCAUUCUCGAUUACUCUGACAAUAGUUAUGCUACACAACAAUUUUCAGGAACAACACUAUACAAUACCACUACCAAUACCAUGUCAAAUUCCUUUUACUCAAAUUUUAUGCCUGGCAGUAGCAACUUGAUGUCAAGUAAUUAUGCCAGUGGACCAUUCACUGGCGACUUUAUUGAUUACAACCAGUCAGCCGAAUGCAAUUAUGGGAAUCAUAAAUAUGAAGAGUUGAAAAUGAGAAAUAAUCCUACCAUGUUCCAAUCUGAGAAAGUACCUCCCACAUAUAAAGGUUCUAGGAGAGAAUCGGCAACUAAACAUAAACUUGAAUGUUCUAAAAAAGAAUCAAGUAAAAAGUAUCAAAGCAAGAAAGCAAAGAUAGCUAACGAGGCGGAAGAAUGGAACGAUUCUCAUUUGUUCUGGCAAAAUAAGGCAUUGAAUAAGAAGCAUCCGAAUUUAAUGGCUGAAGAGUUACCAUUUCCGAACUACGUGGGCAAUCAAAUGCCGUCGCAGUACCAGGCAGACUUCUUCAACAGUCACCUGAUGCCUGCAAACGUACAGGGUAUGGGACACAACGUAGACAGAUCAUUGGCCAGCUUUCCUGUUACGUCCCGAGCUAACUUUAAUUUAAGCACCAUAUUUCCAGAAAUUACCAUGAAAGUGCAAUAAUCAACAAAGUGAUGAUAAAAGCAGGUCUUCAACAUCACGUUAUCGUUAUACGACUACAUUUUAAGAAAAUAUUAAUUUAUUAACAUUUAGUAACAAUUUUAUGAUGUUAUAUUAAAACAAUUU